UUGGAAAAAAUAAUAUAUGUAACCUCAAUUCACCAAUAAGAAUACUACCAAAUACUACAUAAUUAAUAUACAAUUGUUGAAAAAUGGCUUUGAUUAGUAGAGGUUUCAGUCUAAUAAAUAGGAUUCAAUUACCUGCAGUAACCCAGGUGCGUGAAUAUGCAGCUCGUAAGGGCACUAGGGAUAAGCGUGCCAAGAGCAAAGUUAAAGUUGAAGUGGAGAAGGUUGGUUUUAUUCCACACAAUCAAAGAAAUCGAGAGAAAUUCUUGCUCUCUCGUCCAAAAAGGAAGUUUGACGACUCUUGGAAACAAUUGCCCAUUGACAAUGUUUAUCCCCAAAGGUAUUAUCAAUGGAGAGUUUAUCCUUUCCAAGAAGCAAUUUUAUGUCAUAGAGAAACUCAUCACCCCGAAGUUUAUAAUAAGCCAAAUUCUAAUGUGCACAUUACAAUUGAGCUAAAUAUGGAAGGGGAAAAAAAGACACGUUUCGUUGACAACUUUACACGAAUUGCGCCAAUGCCAAAUGGUUUUGAUCAUGGCGAACAACGUUCAAUUAUUGCUUUCACAAAGAAUGAGGAAUAUCAAGAACAAGCUAAAGCUUUGGGAGCUACCAUAGUUGGUGGACUAGAUUUGAUCAGAGAAGUGCAGAAUGGAAGUGUGGAUUUGCAAGAAUUUCAAUUCAUCUUAGCUGAGCCACAAAUAUUAGCUGAAUUGGUAGUAUUGAGAGGCGUGAUGCGUCGCAAAUUCCCUAACGUUAAAUUGGGAACAUUAGAUAUGGACAUUCCAGCAAUGGUAAAGAAAUUCAUGAAUGGUGUCAACUAUACUGGAAUUAAGGAUGAAUUUGAGAAAGAUUUCGGCAUUAUUGAAACAGUUAUCGGAACUCUCGACAUGAACGAGAAACAUUUGGAAGAAAAUUUUGCAUCUCUUGUAGAAGAUGUUAUGAAGGCUAAACCCAAGAGACCUGGACAGUUUAUUAGAAGGUGUUUAGUGACAAGCCCUCCUUCACGCGAGAAGUUUAAGGUAGAUCACAACUUAUAUUUGCAGCAAGAGCACUCGGAAACCAAGAGUAAAACUGAAGAAGUUGAAGCUGUAGCAGCUGCCAAUUAAAAUUUAUUAUUUUGUAUUUGUAGAAUGUCCUUCUAAUAAAAAAAAAAAAGAAAAUUAAACCA